ACAGGCGCGCAAUGAAUCUCGGGACAGCCAAAGCUGUGAAGGAUACAUUUGUUGUAUCCCUAAAAACCUGCGGAAAUAAGGUCGCAUUUUGUGGCUGUAUUUGAAGCAACCUUUGAAUCGGGACAGCCUCACCAGCCUUCAGUCGCGCUGCUGUGACGCAAUCGGUCUUAAAAUGCAGUCUUCAAAGCACGCAGCCCCCGAAUUGGGACACAACCUUUGUGUGUGCUGCUUGUCGACACUGCUACUAGCCUGCUACGACUCCUGAUCCCGCCCCCGGGGUCUUAUGACUAGCUAUUAGCUGCCUCAAUUGUGCCUGUAGUGUCUAUGACUGAAAUAACUGUGAACUGAAAUAAAUGGACUGCAUAACUGCCACACAAGGCAACGAAGAGACAAAAAACAAUCACCUCAUUUAAAAAAAAAAAAACCAAACAAUUUAAGUAUCCUAUGCCUGUUGACUUUUCCCAGAUGUGGCAGAUCAUUUUUGUUAUUUAUAGUCUUGCACUUAGAAAACACAGCAAAACGUGGAGAGCAUGACUAUUAGGUGAGAGGACAGAGGCAAAUAGCGAAUUAACACAGUUAGUUUUAGUGCAAACCAUUAGCCCAAAUGACGCAAAGUAACUACUUGAGCACUAGUUAAAGCCCAAAUUAUGCAAAAUAACUAACUGCGAUAAAAUCAUUUGCUUGGUCUCCCCAGCCCAGUUAAAAAAUCCCAUCUGCGCCCCUGGUUGUUGGCACCUGGAAUCCUUGUUUGAGAGAGCAGAGCUUUCCACAACAAUUGCUUUUGUGCUCAUAAAUUUUAUGAGUAUAAAAAUCUGGGUAUGGGUAUAAAAUCUAUAGAUGAAAGCAAAACAAGAAAAUACAUAAUAAUUUUAGAGCAAACGGAGAAAGACAGUAAACACUCAAAAGUAAGCUUUUUUGUGGCUCUAUUGUGCUGUAAGAUUAAGUGUUCAUCCUGUCCGCAGUUGUAUUUUCUGAUACAUAGAGGACAUGGUGUAUCUUGGCAACAAAAGACGUGUAUGUUCCUAAAGGUAUGAAAACCACAAGAGCUUGUGUGCUCCAAACCGCUGUGCAUGACUUAGUAGCUAUGCAGCUGUGCAUUACACACACACGCACACACGGGUAUUUUAUGUGUUUUUGCAUUUGCAUUUAUGCUUCUAUAACUUUGUGCAUUUGUGUAUGUGCUCUUUAUGUGUUUGUGAAAAACAUUUCACACAAGUGAGAAAAUCCUCAAAUUCAACACAUAAAGUUUCAUUUCUUUCCAUAUUAUGAAUAUUCACCACGCCGUGAUGACGUAUUGAUGAAUACUGAAUAUUCAUUCCCCACGCUUGUCUCUAAAACCUCACAGAGGCACGCUUGCGUUGCACCCACACCACACUAGAGAAAAAUAAACAGUUGUACGUCGAGCUCUUCUGUUUUUGUUUCAGUGGCUCCAUCAUGUGCUCUGCCAGCAGUCAUGCAGGGCGUAACAGCCACCUCUAUAAUGCCAUAAGUUCAUAUCUGCACAACGUAAACAGAGCACAGCCCAUUAUUGGUCUUAACAGCAUAAUGGAGAUGUGGACCUUCAACCAGCCUGCUGUGUACUUUUGUGAUGUCUGCUUUCUCAGAAUUGUGAAGACAGACAUCAGAAACCAUAUCAUGGGCAGCCUUCACAGAUAUAACUACAUUAAGUCUCGUCAUGCACAUGGGUGGAGGUCUUAUACCGAUCUGUCUCUUUUGGCUCGCCCUCUCAUGGAUCUUGCAACAAUUGUAGAGAAGAAAGAGGGAACGGGUGAUGUACAGGUUCUAUGUGUGGAUGAAAUCAUAUACAAAGAGUUGACAUCAUGGCCUGUCCCUGCUGCUUUUAGUAAACUGAACAAGAUUAAGAAUCCUCAAGAUCCUAAUCAACUUCAGUCAAUCAUUCAUGACACCCUGGUUACAGGUGUUCAGGGGCUGCAAGAGUUUGAAAACAGAGACGACAUAACCACAGAAAGUACAGCCCCAACACAGCAUGUAUCUACUUCACCAGUGAUGUCAAAGUGUUCGGUUAUAAGUGAGCCUCGCUCUCAGCUGUCACAUCCAAGACAAACCCCAUUACACCCUAGAACCUCAAGUCCCGUCACACCUUUAUUUCAGUACCAAGACACUGUUCAUCAUGUCGCCAGACCACCAGGACACUGGGGUCCCAUCCCAUGGCAGAAUGAAGCUGGGGGAACUGGAUUCAGCCACCCAUUUGGAGUUGGCUAUUCAGUACACACGGCCCAAACUGCUUAUGCAUACGAAGCCCAGCUGCAAACUUCAUCUUUUAAUGUGAGCCACAUGGUACCAGAGAAAACACAGAAUGUAACCAACAGGCAAGAAUUUUUCAACUAUGAAGGUUUAAUCGCUACUCCUGAGCCUGUCAGCUUUAUUGAGCCCAUCAUAACCCAAAGGCGGGCAUUCGAGUCACCUUUUUUAUUUGAUUUAACUCAAUUGUAUGAUGAGGUUGAGUCUCAGGAACCAGUCAGCACAGACUUUGAUGCACAUGUGGAGACUCAGUCACAUACCUCCGUGGAAAAGAAAAUUCCUCUGCCAUCACGAAACUCAGCCACUCAGACUCGAAACCUUUCUGAUCAAAUUCAGUCCAUUGAGGACUCUCCAGAAACGUACAAUGGGAAAAAGCCUCUUAUCGGUCUGCAGGCUGUUAUUAAGUGCCAGAGUGUGGAUGGAAAUCCACCUCCGUGCUGUUACCUGUGUCAGCUGUGUUCUUUGAAGCUGAAGAAGAAAACGAUUCUCAGUCACUUGACUGGCUGUCAGCAUCAGCGUAACUACAUAAAAGUUCUCCAUCCACAGCUCUUUUCCAAAAUAAAGCAUCAACGCUGCAACAUCAAUGAGAUGCUUGAGGACGUUGCUAUGCAACUAGAACGAGAAGAUGGGAGGGGCCAAAUAAAGGUGAUGAGGUUGUCUUCAUGUCUCAUUAGUGAGGUACUGCACAGGGAUUAUCAAUGGUGUAUGAAGGUGUUGAACUGUGGAGCCAGUUUGGAGCUGUUCAACAAAAUGACAAACAAAACCACAGGUCACAGUCAAGAUCUUAAACGGCCAGCAGAGUCUAUACAGUCCCCUUUAAAUGAAGACAGAGCUCCACUCUCAACCCAUCAGAUGUCCAAAAAAAUGAAGAAUGUUCAUCCGGCAAAUGUCACAUGUACUAAAAGUGUCAAGAACCCUGUGUUUAAGGUAAGCCUGUCACUACAGGAGGGGCCUGUUGUCAUUGAGAGAGACCCGCUGAGGGUUACAGCUACAGUGGCACCUGAGAUUGAGGACCAAAGUCAUAACGCCACAUACACAGACAAUAAUGCGAUGACUUUAGAGAUCAACAGACAGUCUGAAGUUCAAACAUGCAUUCAUGGGUGCCCACUGACAGUGUUCAACCCAGCAGAAAUCUGGAAUACACCGUGGUUUUCUGAUGGAAAUGUGUUCACAGAGGCAAACAUCCCGUCACUCACCUAUACACACACAGAGGUCUCUCGCGUAGAUGGACGUAUGUUUGAGGAUCAGGCCAUGAGCCCCAUGAGCCCUGCUCCGUAUGCAUAUGAAGAGCAAUUUGACCAUUCUCAAGCUAUUCAAGUGGUCGAGCCUUCUCUCAGACGUGAAGACUGUGGUUCACUCGAGAAUAUGGUCUCCGUCACAUAUGAGGAUUGGCCAGUGCAGGAUUUCAAUGACAAUGACUGGAUCUUGCAAAGGCAAAUCGCUGGGGCCGGUGCAAGUGAUCUUCAUGAGUAUACAAGGUACAUGUGGGACUGAUAAGAAUGAGUCGUCCAGUGCUUUACCAACGAAAGCAAAAAUGGGUCUCAAAAGAUCCGCAGAGUAUCCUAUGCUCCGAUUCAUAACUUUCUGAACUGAAUAUGAUUUAGUCGACAGAUACAGAAUUUACAGCUUUGUAGCAUCAGCAACACAUAACAACUAUCACUGAAUUAGUUAGAAACGUCUAUCUAGUUAUAUUAAAAUGGUUUACACUCAGAACACAGACAGCGCAUCUGUUUUGUAUUUAUCCUAAAUGUAAAGUCAUUGAAAUGUUGAAAACAACUGCUUUCAUUUUUAUUCUUUUGGUUAAAAACUAGUUGUCAUUGGUUUAUUGAUUCUUUAUUUUGUUUGUUUGGGAUAACUGGAAACCUGUGUCAAUAGUAAUGAAUCUGUUAUUUUGACAUGAUUACUGUAUGUAAUGAUUCAGAAUCAACAUUACUCUACGGGACUUAACAGGUAAAUAUGCUCCCUGUGUUGCAGGUUUUGUGUAACCAGUGAAUAUAUAUAUAUAUAUACACCUGGUUUUGCUCCUGUUCAGUAACAUUGACUUUGAAUUAGUAUUAAACUUAGAUCUUUUGUUUCUGGUUCUACAAUCUCUUAUGUCACAAGUUAAAAUAAGUUAGAAACAAACAAUGCAGUUUUCCAUGAACAAAUAUGUCAGGGAUUUGGUUUGGAAUCCUGAAAGUAGUAUUAUUUAGGGGGGCAACAGAAGUGUUCUUUGUAAAUGUUCGGAUCUCUGUUUUUAUUUGUCCAACAUUAAAGUCCGUGAUCCCACCAGAGAAGCACAACAUUAUAAUGGUUUUGUUUGUGCAAUUUCUUUUGCUUUAUAAUGCAGAAUUCAGAAUUAUUGUUAUACCAAGGGAAGUUAUUUGAUUCUUUUAUUGGAAAUAAGUUGAAUUAGUUUGGUCAAUUUCUUUAAUAAAAUGUUUGUUCUA